UUGACGGUAUUAGAUGAAACACUCUUACAAUUUUAUGUGGUUAAAUGUACACAAAAUAAAGUACCAUUCACACAAUUGCACAAAUACGGCAAUCCAUACACCUGAAAAAGUCGAUAUGGAGACUCUUUACUGAUAUCUCCAUGGAUGCGCAACAUUGGUUUUUCUCUCAAUAGUUUUUUCGUGUAAAUGGUGGAUCAGAGGUUUUUGCCAUCCGAGUUCGGUCACGACGUAGACAGAGCAAACCCAGUGGAGCCAGGGCUGUCCUUCUACCAGCAAAAGAAGCAAGUGAGGCGCUCCAUCGAACAAAACUGCAUCCCAUACACUUACAUCUGCUGCAACUCCAUCGCUUCAUGGCCUUACCACGACAACACUCACCCUUCCGACCUCCCUCCUCCCCUCCACCAGCUCCCCAUCUACGCCGACGGCGCCGCCAAAGCUUACUUUGUGACUGGAGCUGACAUCGGGAAGUUCACAAUGAAGACGGUGGACGACCCUCGAGCCUUGAACAAGUCGGUCCAUUUUCGACCCGCGGUGAACUACCACAACAUGAACGAGCUGGCUUCUCUGUGGGAGGAGAAGCUCGGCAGGACCAUCCCUCGAGUUACAGUUACAGAAGCCGACCUGCUAGCUCUUGCUGCUGAGAAUCGGAUUCCGGAGAGCAUAGUUGCAUCCUUCACCCACGACAUAUUCAUAAAGGGCUGCCAAUCGAACUUCGAGAUCGAUGGCGUCAGCGAUGUAGAAGCCAGCAGCCUGUACCCCGACGAAACCUUUCAGACUGUCGAUCGAGUGUUCGCUGAUUUCGCGCUCAACCUUCAACAUGAAUCAUGAGAUGCAGGAUGCAGGAAAUCCCAUGAUUGUCAAAGAUAGGGCAGCUUCUUCAGGAGCCUUCAGUUUGGAAAUAAAGAUCCAGUAUGGUAAUGUAAAGUAAUAAAUACCAGGGGGGGUGAAGAACUUCAGUGGUAAUAAGAGAGCAAUUGAAGCAGAACAAAAUUUCUGAAAGGUG